AUGCCUUAUGUACUCCAAAGUCUGCUUCUACUCCUCGGCCCGACCAUGUUGGCAGCUUCUAUCUAUAUGUCGCUUGGAAGACUUAUCAAAUCCCUCGAAGCCGACUCUUACUCACUGGUCCCGAUCGAAUUUUUGACAAAGACCUUUGUUAUUGGUGAUGUCAUUUCCUUUCUGGCACAGUCCGCGGGAGGAGGUAUGCUGGCCAAAGCCAAGUCCAAGGGUGACCAGAAGAUGGGGCAGAACAUCAUCAUCGUUGGCCUUGCUGUCCAAAUCUACUUCUUCGCAUUCUUUAUGACCAUUCUUCAUAUCUUCUAUCGCCGAAUUACUGCAAACCCGACCAGCAAAAGCCUUUCUUCAACCUCUCCCUGGAAACAAUUUGCCCUCGUUCUCUACGUUGACAGUGGUCUGAUCAUGAUCCGAUCUCUUUUCCGUUUGGUUGAGUACAUCACCGGAUCGAAUGGCGCAUUGCAGUCAACUGAAAUAUAUAUUUAUGUGUUUGACGCUUCGAUGAUCUUCGUCACCGUUGCUCUCUUCAAUCUUGUUCACCCAGGACGAGCGAUAAGAACUCCCAGAGAGCCGGUAGAGACAUUUCAUAUACGCAAUGACUCCGCAAGCAUUCUUCUACAGAACAAGAGCCACUUGUCGCCUUCCAUUGUCCAGCAACCUUUUACCAUGUCCGACCGUCAUCACUAUCGCCAUCUACAAGAACAUCCAAUGGCUCAGCAUCCUCCUCAAAAUCAUACAGGCUCCCUUGACAGGUACAACUACCCCUCCUACUCAAUUUCGCCGGGUCGAUUUCACGGUCAAGCUUGA